CCGUGCCCGGGGCACUCACACACACUGCCUGAGAAGCUCUCCCGCCGGCCACGCCCGACGCUGCUGCCAUGAGUCUGAUUGCAUUUGUUGCCCUGGUGGCGCUGGCGGCCGCGGCUCCGCAGGGCGAGAGACCAGCCACCACGUCGGUACCGAUCCUCGAGUACGUCAACCAGUUCGGCGGAGACGGAAACUACCAGUUCAGGUUCAAGACGGGUAACGAGAUCAACCGUGAGGAGGAGGGUGCCCUGAAGGACGUGGUCGUGAAAAAUGACAACGGUCAGGAGGAGGUGAAACGCGUGAACGUGGUGCGAGGAGUCAUCCGCUACCCCAAGGACGACGGCACGUUCUACGAGCUCAGCUACAUCGCCGACGAGCUGGGCUUUCGGCCGGUCAGUUCGGAUAUCCCUUCGGCGCCCCUGCCGUGAGACCCGGCGCCCGUGCCCUGAGACCCGGCGCCCCUGCCCUGAGACCCGGCGCCCCUGCCGUGAGACCCGCGCGGCGCCCCUGCCGUGAGACCCGGCGCCCCUGCCGUGAGACCCGGCGCCCCUGCCCUGAGACCCGGCGCCCCUGCCAGGAGUACCGGUGCUGUUCCCGACUCUGAGGUGGCCGGUGACACUGAUCAGGCGUCGGCCUUGGCAGUGACUCGGACUGUCAGUCGUCAGUUCGGGCCAGCCAUGGUGCUACUCGGUAGAAGGAAUGUGUGGGGCUGUCUGUGCUCUGGCGACUUGUGAAAUACGUCAUUAGUUUGUUAUUUUGUUGCGUCUUAUGUUUUAUGGUCAUCGAUUUGUAAGCCAUGCCGGUUUGUUUCCUAAUGCGUCGAAUGAUAAAUACAUGGACUAUCGGAAGAUA